CGGCAGCAAAAGGAGCUUACUGUACCAGAUCACGCGCAGAUUCAAUAUGACUCCUUUCGCAAAGCCUUUUACACUGAGGUCUCCGAUAUCGCGCGCAUGACAGAGGAAGAGGUUGAUCAGUACAAGGCCGAGAUGGAGAACAUCAAGACUCGUGGCAAAGAGGUACCGCGCCCCAUCAAGACUUGGGGCCAAACCGGUCUCUCAAAAACCAUCCUAGCCAUCCUCAAGCAGCUCAAAUAUGAGAACCCAACCCCGAUCCAGGCACAAGCCAUCCCCGUCGUCAUGUCCGGUCGUGACAUGCUGGGCAUUGCUAAAACUGGCUGCGGCAAGACGCUCGCUUUUCUGCUCCCCCUUCUUCGGCACGUUAUGGACCAACGCAAGUGCGCACAAGGCGAGGCAAGUCCCGGAUGCAUUGGUCUCAUUAUGUCGCCCACCCGUGAGCUGGCCCUGCAAAUUUACAACGAGACUCGAAAGUUUUGCAAGCACCUAGAUUUGCGCGUCGUGUGUUUAUAUGGUGGCAGUGAUAUCAGCGACCAGAUUGCUCUUCUAAAAUCGGCGGCAGAGAUUAUCGUGUGCACGCCUGGUCGCAUGAUUGACAUGCUUACAGUCAACUCGGGUCGUGUCACCAAUCUGCGCCGUUGCACCUACGUGGCACUGGACGAGGCCGACCGUAUGUUUGACAUGGGCUUUGAGCCACAGGUCACGCGUAUCCUGGAUAACAUUCGCCCAGACCGACAAACGGUCAUGUUCUCUGCGACAUUCCCGCGGGCCAUGGAGGCGCUGGCUCGCAAGAUCCUCACCAAGCCCGUCGAAGUCACUGUUGGCGGCCGCAGCAUCGUCAGCAACAUUAUCAAGCAAAACGUCAUUGUCAUGCGUGAGGGUGAAAAAUUUCAAAAGCUCCUCGAACUCCUCGGCCACUUUUUCGAGCAGGGCAGCAUCAUCGUCUUUGUCCACAAGCAGGAGAAGGCAGACUCGGUGCUGGAAAACCUGAUCAAGAACGGCUAUCCCUGCCUGGCGCUCCACGGCGCCGUGUCACAGGAGGACCGUGCCAGCAACCUCCGUGACUUCCGCGCAGGCAACGUCAAGAUUAUGGUCGCCACCUCAAUCGCCGCGCGUGGGCUGGACGUGAAGCAGCUUUGCUUGGUCGUCAACUAUGAUUGCCCAAACCAUUAUGAGGACUAUGUGCACCGGUGUGGCCGCACAGGUCGUGCUGGCCGUGAGGGAACUGCGUACACCUUUUUGACGGCGGAUGACAAAAAGUAUGCAGGCAACAUCAUCCGGGCCCUUCACGCUUCCAAGGCCCAGGUGCCCGAGGACUUGCAGAAGCUUUGGGACCAAUACAAAUUGGAGCAAAAGGCUGCUGGGAAAAAGGUGGGCCGCACCUCUGGCUUUUCCGGUCGUGGCUACAAGUUCACGGCGGAGGAUCUGAUCAAGCAAAAGCAGAAAAAGCUUCUGGCGCUUAAGAUGCACGGCGCCUUGGAUGAUGACGACGAC